AGCCUUUUUUGCCAGUUCCUGCCAAUAAAUUUUGCAAUGUUUACCAAAGCUAGGCCCUGAAGUCCUCCUGACACGGAAUACUGGAAGUUAUUCUUGUAAGACUGGACUAGGCCUUACUUUAUCCAUCCUGCAAUCAAUCAUCCUGCUUUUCAUUUUUCUAAACUUCUUAUAUUCAGGCAUUAUAUUAAGAGUCCUGCCACAGACAACAGAGAAACAUAUGCAGUCUUCUAACUUCUCAUGCUAUUAUCAAAAUUGUGAUGAAGAUAUAUUGUUGGCUAGCCAGAGAGCAUUAGAAGAAGAGAUUGAUUUUCUUCUGAAAGUUGUUAAAGACCUUCCUUCUCAUGAUGCUUCUUCAGCUCUUUUACAUGAUACACAAAUGGACAAUAACUGUGGUUCUGUGCAGAUUCUUUGGGCAUGCAAAGUGUAAAGAGUAAGAGGUUCCCUGAAACGAGUUUCCAGUUGCUGAUCAUGGGCAAAGUAUAGAAGGGUUUCUGCAGAAAGGGAAAGAAUCUGUGAUAUCCAGUGCAUGUCACUAUGCAAACUUUUAUGCAAACAAUUUAUUUCAUCUAUAGUAUCCUCCUGACCUAUGUGACAUAAGUUGUGGUUUAUGUCAAUUGAGUUUUGGUACUGCAUUACCCAAUUUUGUGGCUUGAUGAUGUGUGGAUGAAGCUAGAGGAAAAGGAAUGCAGAAAAAUUUGUAUUAAAGGUGAUUCUAGCCCUAUGAACUAAGCCAGACUGAGAAACCAACGCCAUGUUGGUCAGUAGUACAUUUAUUGUACUAGCUUCAGUUAUCAAAACUUGCAGGUCCUGAGGGAGAUAAAAAGUGUUUCCACAACAAUACAAGAUGUUGAUAUCUUUUUGAUUCAAUUCAAAACGUACAAGACAGAUAAUAUAUGUAUUGUUUUCUUCAGAGAAGUUAGAUGGUACUGGCAGUAAAGAAUACUUCUUAUACAAACCUGUAAAAAUGAUGAGACUUUUGAAUUAAAGAAAAUUGUAUUAUACACUGGUAACUGGUGACAUCAUAUUUUCUCUAAAAGACAAAAAAAAUGGGAAAAAGGAAAAUAAAAUGUAAUGUCACAUUUUCCCUUGUGCAUGGGAAUUUUCCUGGUUAGUAAGAGGAGAAGGGUAUAUUUUGCAUCCUUCUGAUAAGAGGUAAUGUUAUUUUCUCUGCUUUAAGCCCUUGGGGUUGAUAUUAUUUUGUCCAUCUGGAUAUUCAUAGAAGUGCAACCCAAUCCUAGGUCUGCAGUAUCUGGAAGAGAGAAAAAAAUCCCAGUGUACAAACAGUCUCCCUGGUAAGUUUGGCUAAUGAUUAACUACAUUUGGCUAAAGAUCAUUAAACUUCAAAGCUAUUUAAAGAAUUUUUUAGAUAGCUGCAAUCUUGUGGUUCCUAUAAAUAUUUACAUAAUAAAUGCAAAAUAGGUAUGUCAGAUAUCAAAUGUAAUUUAAUUAGUUAUCAAAUUUCUACACUGUCCACUUCCUUUGAGUCAUUCUGCAUGCUUUACAAUAAAAAGACAGUGUUAAGAACUGGAAAAAUGAGAAAGCAGUUUGUGUAAUAAUUUUGCUGCUAACUUCUGCUACUUAUCUACCUUGGAAUGCAAGUGAUAAUUUUUCCUUCUGAAGAGUUUGAAGCACUGCCUGAAAAGCUGAACUAUUGCUUGGUUUGUUUGUUGCUAUACUAUUCCAGUAAUAUUUGCUCCUCCCAGAUUUCUUGACAACAAAUAAACAUAAAAAAAGGAAAAGAUGGUAAUAGUUGGAAGAAAUCAGCUGAGAUAGCCAAAAUGCUGAACUGAGGUUUGGGGGUUCAGACAUUGCCUGAAGAGCUAUGAAGGGCUGGCUGAUCCUGGUUGCUGCUUUUCUUCUCUGGCCAGGCUACUCUUCUCAAAAUGUAUGUGAAGAACCAGAUGAAAUUGAUUUUGGGGAAAUUGUGAGUACUGAGAAAGCCAAAUACCUGGAAAAUGACCGAGUGCAAUACAGGUGCAACCCUGGUUAUGUCUUGGAAGGACCUGAAUGGAUUCAAUGUAAGGGUCAAGAAUGGACACCUCGUCUACCAAAAUGCUUGGCACCUUGCCGUAUCACAAGACAACAACUAUCAACAAAAAACAUGUUUGUAUUUGGAGGCCAAAGAAAAACUCGAUUUAUUCAAAGUAAUGAUAGCCUGCAAUUUCAGUGCAGUGAAGGAUAUGUCCUUGUGGCUCCAUCAGUCAGAAAGUGUGUUGAUGGUUACAUGGAGUUGCCAUUAUGUAUCUCUGAAAGAGGGAAAAACUGCAGUGGUCCACCCAAGAUUGAGAAUGGAGACAUUACUACUUUAUCUGAGAAGCAAUACAGAUCUGGGUCUUUAGUAGAAUUCAGAUGCCAAAGGUAUUAUGCCAUGGAAGGCCACAACAGAUCUUUCUGUGACAAUGGGACCUGGACAAAAGUGCCCAUUUGCCUCGAUCCCUGUAUGAUUACCAAGGCUGAACUAGAAAGGCAGAAGAUAGAAGUUAAAAAUGGAAAGGAUGAAUCUGAAAAUAUAUAUGUGCAACGUGGUCAUUCUAUUGAGUUAACCUGUAAAUCAGGAUAUGUACUUGCAGCAGAUUCUUCCCAAUCAGCUUCUAUAAUCCAUUGUGAUGGGACAACCCCCGUGAUUCCUAAUUGCAAAGAAAUUACAUGCAACUCUCCAAGAGUAUCAAAUGGUUCUUUCAAACCUCAAAGAACUGUAUACCAUGAUGGAGAUCUAAUUCGAAUUCGGUGUGACAGUAGAUUUGUUUUUAAACCAGAUAAUGGAGGGCAAGUGGUUGAAUGCACAAAAAAUGGAUGGUCACCCCCAGCAAAAUGUGUCCCUAAAAAUGCAUGUGGACUACCCCCUAGAAGAGCAAAUGAACAACCUACAGAACAAUGGGAUGCAGAGACAUUUGUACAUGGACAUAUAAUAUCAUAUAAAUGCCGCCCUGGGUAUGUUAAAACAUGGCCUAUUAAACUUCAUUGUAAUAAUGGAGUCUGGCAACAAUUGAUACCUUUUAAGAACUGCACAGGAAUAUCUUGUGGCCACCCAGGAGAUUCUGAUUAUGCCAGUUUUGAACUUGACCGUGGAGAGGAUUUUACUUUUGGUGCCCGUGUUGUUUAUACCUGUAAUGAAGGGUAUAAGAUGCUCAGCCAAUUUGAUUACCGUGAAUGUCGAGCAAAUGGAUGGACCAAUGAGGUUCCUCAUUGUGAAAAAAUUCAAUGUCCCCCUCCAGAAAUGAGGGGUGGUCGCUUUCAACCUAGGCAAUCUCAAUAUAUGUAUAAUGAGGAAAUUGAGAUAAACUGUCUUGGAAGUCCAAUCUUUGUAAAUAUCCCAAAGAAGUUUUCUAAAUGCACUGCUAAUGGUUGGAACCCCUCUCCUCUCUGUUCAUGUGAAGAACCAGAUGAGAUUGACUUUGGGGAAAUUGUAAGUACUGAGAAAGCCAAAUACCUGGAAAAUGACCGAGUGCAAUACAGGUGCAACCCUGGUUAUGUCUUGGAAGGACCUGAAUGGAUUCAGUGUAAGGGACAAGAAUGGACACCUCAUCCACCAAAAUGCUUGGCACCAUGCCGUAUCACAAGACAACAGCUAGCAACAAAAAACUUGUUUGUGUUUGGAGGCCAAAGAAAAACUCAGUUUAUUCAAAGUAAACAUAGUCUGCAAUUUCUGUGCAGGGAAGGAUAUGUCCUUGUUACUCCAUCAGUCAGAAAGUGUGUUGACGGUUACAUGGAUUUGCCAUUAUGUAUCUCUGAAAGAGGUGGAAACUGCAGUGGUCCACCAAGGACUGAGAACGGAGACAUUACUACUUUAUCUGAAAAGCAGUACAGGUCUGGCUCUUCAGUAGAAUUCAGAUGCCAAAGGUAUUAUGCCAUGGAAGGCCAGAACAGAUCUUUCUGUGACAAUGGAGCCUGGAUAGAAGUGCCCAUUUGCCUUGAUCCCUGUAUGAUUCCCAAGACUAAACUGGAAAGCCAGAAGAUAGAAGUUAAAGACGGAAAGGAUGCAUCUGAAAAUAUAUUUGUGCAACGUGGUCAUUCUAUAGAGUUGAUCUGUAAAACAGGAUAUAUUCUUGCAGCAGAUUCUUCCCAAUCAGCUUCUAUAAUCCAUUGUGAUGGGACAACCCCCGUGAUUCCUAAUUGCAAAGAAAUUACAUGUAACUCUCCAAGAAUAUUGAAUGGCUUUUUCCGAUCUCAAAGAACUAUAUUCCUUUAUGGGGAUGUAAUUCGAAUUCAGUGUAACAGUGGAUUUACCUUUGAACCAAAUAAUGGAGGACAGGUGAUUGAAUGCACAAAAAAUGGAUGGUUACCUCCACUAAAAUGUGUCUUAGAAAUGACUUGCCAGAUAGAUCAUAUUGAACAUGGAACCAUAUUAUCUCCAAAGUCCAUUUAUAAGGAAGGGGAGAGAAUACAAUUCUCAUGUAAUAAAGGAUACAGAUACGUUGGCAGACCAGAUGCCUUAUGUACUAAGAAAGGAUGGAGUUCAAAACCUCAAUGUACACAAAUUCGGUGUUCCCCUCCAGAAGUGAGGAAUGGCUUCUUUCAACCUAGACGAUCUCAAUAUUUGUAUAAUGAUGCAGUCAAGAUACAUUGUAUUUUUCAACUUUCCCCAAUAAAGAUUUUAAAAUGCACUGCUAAUGGUUGGAACCCCUCUCUUCGCUGUUAAGUGACUUUGAAACAAGUCAGCAACAUCUACAAAAUGGACAUCAAAGAAUCUGAAUACACUCCUGUCUAGACAGUCUACCUCUUUCAGGCAAAAUCUGAAUCAAAUCAUCUUCUGCUUUAAGGGUCCUGAAAUUUUCCUCAGAGACUGCUGGGAAGUUCUUCUCCCAAAUUGCAUUCAAGUGCCACUUUUUGUCUUAAAACACCUAACUCUUUUCCCUGACCAGCAGGAAGCAAGGAGCGGGUAGGGGAUUUCAAUCUGCAACCAAAGUCAUAUCUACUGGACUAUGAAUUGUAUCCCAGCGGUCUGCUAUUCAAUCUAUAAUAACAGUGUUAAUUAGCACUACUUUAUCUAUUUAAGGAUAGCUUAUCUCUGAAUGGCACAUGCUUCUGGAUCUUAACCUUAGAACCGGAAAGAGAAAUAAGGAUGAAGGAAAAAAGACUUAGGGAAAAAAUGUUCAAAUUUUCCUGAUGAGACAAUGAAAGUUUUUUUUUUUUUUUUUACUGGAAAGAGUUGUUUCUUAAAAUAUUACCUGAAGAAGGCACUUUCUUUUAUGACCAAAGCAAUAUACAGCUUAUGCAAUUUAUGCAGUUUUUGUAGUUCCUUUUAUAACAAGGUCAUAUUCUUAUUCCUCCUCCAAGAUUCCUUGACAACAAACAAACAAGCAUAAAAUGAGGAAGGCAUGGUGAAAGCAGGAAGAAAUCAGCUGCAAAAGCCAAACUGCUGAACUGAGGUUUUGUGGUUCAGACAUUGCCUGAAAAGCUAUGAACAACAGGCUGCUCCUGGUCAUUGCUUUUCUUCUCUGCCCAAGCUGCUCUUCUCAAAAUGAAGGAGGAACAAAUUGUAAUGGUCCACCCAGGAUUGAGAAUGGGGAUAUUAUUACUUUAUCUGAGAAGCAGUACAGAUCUGGCUCUUCAGUAGAAUUCAGAUGCCAAAGGUUUUAUGCCAUGGAAGGCCAGAAAAUAUCUUUCUGUGACAAUGGGAUCUGGACAAAAGUGCCCAUUUGCCUCGGUAAGUAGAAAAUAAAAUCUCCAUCCAAUUUUCAUGAGCAGUUCUAAGGAUUAGGAUCCAUUCACUGCUUUCUUUCUCUCUUGCAUAAAGAUAAUUUAAUUGGUCUUGUCUGGCAGCAACUCUCCUUUAUAUACGAUUUCAGUUCUAAAUCUGAGGAGAACUGGCUAGUAGGUGAAAGCUAAAUUCUAUUAUUAGACCUUUGCAACAAGAUUUGGAUUUGCAUUUGGAUCCUUCUCUAACAGAUUUAUUCUCUUUGAGAUCCCUGUAUGAUUCCCACGGCUGAACUGGAAAGGCAGAAGAUAGAAGUUAAAGAUGGAAUGGAUGCCUCUGAAAAUAUAUUUGUUCAACGUGGACAUUCUAUAGAGUUGAUCUGUAGAACAGGAUAUGUCCUUGCAGCAGAUUCUUCCCAGUCAGCUUCUAUAAUCCAUUGUGAUGGGACAACCCCUUUGAUUCCUAAAUGCAAAGAAAUUAUAUGCAACUCUCCAAGAAUAUCGAAUGGCUCUUUCCGACCUAAAAGAAGUAUAUACCGUGACGGGGAUCUAAUUCAAAUUCAGUGUAACAGUGGAUUUACCUUUGAACCAGAUAAUAGAGGACAGGUGGUUGAAUGCACAAAAAAUGGGUGGUCACCUCCAUCAAAAUGUGUCUUAGAAAUAACUUGCCAGGCAAACCCCAUUGAACAUGGAACCAUAUUAUCUCCAAAGUCCAUUUACAAGGAAGGUGAGAGAAUACAAUUCUCAUGUAAUGAAGGAUACAGAUACGUUGACAGACCAGAUGCCUUAUGUACUAAGAAUGGAUGGAGUGCAAAACCUCAAUGUACAUAAAUGCAAUGUCCUCCUCCAGAAGUGACAAAAGGCCACAUUGAACCUAAACGAUCGCAAUAUAUGUACAACGAUACAGUUGAGAUAACCUGUUAUAAACAGGUGUUUUUUACAAGAGUCACAAGAAAGUACAUUUCUAAAUGUACUGCUAAUGGUUGGAACCCCCCUGCUCUCUGUAAAGAUAACCUGCCACUUGGAUUGCUUUUGACCAUGAGCUACAAGUCUUCUGAAAGCCUCAUGUGACAGGAAGAAGAGUCUACCAGUGGUCUGUAAGACUAGUAAAUGCCCAUCCAAAAAAUAACCAAUUUGAUAAAUCUCUGGAAGGAAUAAAUAGCUGAGAUGGUGCAGUGGUUAGAAUGCACUACUGCAGCUACUUCUGCAGACGGGCAAGUUGGGGACAAUGCUGUGUAUUCAUACUCUCAACCAACUGUUAGGGGAGGCCUCUUUGCUUCAAGAGAAACAGUAAAUGUAGAUGAGCCUAUAGGAACACGCACAGUGAAAUUUGCUAGCACAUGAACAGACCUACUUUUUUGCAUGGCACAUGAGUAGAAUGAUUGCAACAUUAGGAGCAGAAUCACAAGUUGAGGAUCAUAACUUUGAUUAUUACUGAAAAGGCAGGCAGAAGGGCUGAACACCCCCCCAAAAAAAGUUGAAUGGAAGAGGUUGCAGGAAUGAAAUGAUUAGUUAUAAAGAGGGAAAGGAAAAGACAGUAAAUGUUUCAUGUGAAGUCAGUAAAUACAAUACAAGGCGUCACUGUGCAGAAGCCAUGUUGUUACAGAGAGAGGGAGCAUACAACAGGAACCAGAAAUGCAUCACAGAAACAAUAAAAUGAAAUACAGAGUAGCAAAGUGAUGUAGGAAACAAAUACAACAGAGAUGAAUGAUAGAGCUGCAUAUAAGGGAAACUUAACAUCCAUAACAGUAAACGUUAGAACUCAAUCUCAGUCUAGAAUAAUAGAAACAGAAGGAUCUCAUGCCCUGGUUGGUUUACAGGUCCUUGAGAAACACAAAGAGCACACUCCAAUCUCUAUAAAGGUUGUCAAAAGCCACAAAACUAUGUGAUCCAGAAAUUGUUAAUGGUGACUUAUCCAAAGGUGAUAAUUGGGAAAUUAAAGAUGUGGUAUAAUUAGCAAUUCUGAUGCUAAAAUGGUUUUCUACAAAAAUUAAACUUUAAAAUAAAAUAACCUUAAAGAGGCUACAAUCAAAUAAAAAAUAAAUUAGCCAGAAGGUGACCCCGUAGUUGACCUUUGGCAGCAUUUUCCUAAAAUGCUCCAAAUUUCCUGUUUAACCACCACUGAACACAAAAUCUGUAACUCGUGAGGAGUUCACAUGUCUUUUCAAAAACACCGAAUUCUGAACUAUUUUGUUAUGCUAAAUCACAAUGAGAUAUGAUAUAUGAUAUUAUGACAAUAUCCUUAUCUGAAUGAAUUGUUUAGAAAAAGAUACUCUGGGUUUUUGGUGUGUGUGUUUGUGUGCGUGUGCGUGUGUGUGUGUGUGUGUGUGUGUGAAUCUGCUUAGAUUUGUAUCCUGAUUCAAUAUCCAGCUAUUGUAUCAAGUUACCUAACAUGUUGCAUGGAAAAAAGGGAAUGUAAAUCUUUCUGGUCCUAGCGCAUAGAUGUAGUAUGCAUUAUGGGAGCUCCCCCAAAUGGCUGGCAAUUUUGGUGAAAAAAAAGUAAAAUUCCAGAGAAAAUAUUGAUCUCUGGGCAUAACAGCAGUUCUGAAAUUCUCUCUGUUGAAAAUCUCCUCAAAGAUAUUAGUGAGAUUUUAUAUUCCCAUCAGAAAUCACAAGAUCUUGCUCUACACACAAUUCUUAAUUCCUAAGCUAGCUAUAUACUCUGACCAGCACAAUAGUACUACUUUAUCUAAUGAUACCACUUUAUCUGAACAGCAAAGUUUCAUGAUCUUAAGCUUAGAAUUGGAAAGAUGCACCAAUUUUCCUGAUGAGACAAUCAAAUAAUUUUCAAUGGAAAGAUUCAUUUGUUAAAGUAUUAGCUGAUGAAAAUGUUUUCUUGUAGGACCAAAGCAAUAUAAAUUAAUCCUUAGCUUAUGCAAUUUAUGCAGCUUUUGCAGUUCCUUGAAUAACAAGUGAAGAAGAUUUGAGAUGCAACAAUAUUAACAGCUGAGGUGAAAGGAAUGGGAUAAAAUAUAUUGUGGAGAUGGAAAUAAAGUUGAAUUUCGAUGUAAAAGAAUUACUUGCAUAAAUGG